GGGAGGGAGCCCAGGCGGGCUUCCUGGGCACCUAUCUGCCGAGCUGCACCCAGGACCAGAAGCGGGGCAUGGGCUCCUCCUUUGGCUGGGAUCCUGGGCUCCCUUGGCCACACAGCAGGACAGGGGCCCAGAGAGCCCCCAACCCAGGCGACGUGAAGCUGGCAGCUGGCAUGUAUUCCACAUUACCUGGAGAAUGAGGACUUUGGCCCCAUAGAACAGCAGCUUCAAACGUAAGCCUGUAUCAGAAUCACCAGGAAGACUCCUCGCUUUAACCUCCACUCGCAGUUUCUGACUCAAUAGGAAUUCUUGCAAUACGGCCCCAAUGAGGACCCGAGGCUCAGGGAAAAGGAGCUGCCUGAGGACCGGAGCGGUGCCGGUGCCGGCGACUGAGGCGAGGGCGAUGACGCACGGGGGACGCCAGACUCGGGCCGCAGCAGGAUGGCGCCCAGCCGGGCGGGGGCUGCUCCCGGGUUGUGUCUGGAGCAGGUCUCCGGGUCCUGGCCCUGCGGUGCCCCUGGCCGAGGAAAAGACACUUGAGAACUCCCGUAUAGGGGUUGCAGGCGUCGCGCAGCCGCCGCCGCCCGCGGUGGUCCUUGCCAUCCUGGCCCGCAAUGCGGAACACUCGCUACCCCACUACCUGGGCGCGCUGGAGCGGCUGGACUACCCCCGGGCCCGGUUGGCCCUCUGGUGUGCCACGGACCACAAUGUGGACAACACCACGGAGAUGCUGCAGGAGUGGCUGGCUGCUGUGGGCGAUGACUAUGCAGCCGUGGUCUGGAGGCCCGAGGGAGAGCCCAGGUACUACCCAGACGAAGAGGGUCCCAAGCACUGGACCAAAGCAAGGCACCAGUUUCUGAUGGAGUUGAAGCAGGAAGCCCUGACCUUUGCCAGGGGCUGGGGGGCUGACUAUAUCCUGUUUGCAGAUACAGACAACAUUCUGACCAACAACCAGACGCUGCGGCUUCUGAUAGAGCAGGGGCUACCCGUGGUGGCCCCAAUGCUGGACUCCCAGACCUACUACUCCAAUUUCUGGUGUGGGAUCACUCCUCAGGGCUACUACCGCCGCACAGCCGAGUACUUCCCCACCAAGAACCGUCAGCGCCGGGGCUGCUUCCGGGUCCCCAUGGUCCAUUCUACUUUCCUGGUAUCCCUACGGGCAGAGGGGGCAGCCCAGCUCGCCUUCUACCCCCCUCACCCCAACUACACCUGGCCCUUCGACGACAUCAUUGUCUUCGCCUACGCCUGUCAGGCUGCUGGGGUCUCGGUUCACGUGUGCAAUGAGCACCGUUAUGGGUACAUGAACGUGCCGGUGAAGUCCCACCACGAGCUGGAGGACGAGAGGAUCAACUUCAUCCACCUGAUCUUGGAAGCGUUAGUGGACGGGCCUCCCAUGUGGGCCUCGGCUCAUGUGUCCCAGCCCCCAAAGAGUCCCACCAAGAUGGGGUUUGAUGAGGUCUUUGUCAUCAGCCUGGCCCGCCGGCCAGACCGCCGUGAGCGCAUGCUGAGCUCGCUCUGGGAAAUGGAGAUCUCUGGGCGGGUAGUGGAUGCUGUGGAUGGCCGGACACUCAACAGCAGUAUCAUGAGGAGCCUCGGUGUGGACCUGCUCCCUGGCUACCAGGACCCCUAUUCGGGCCGCACGCUGACCAAGGGUGAGGUGGGCUGCUUCCUGAGCCACUACUCCAUCUGGGAGGAGGUGGUUGCCAGGGGCCUGGCCCGAGUCGUGGUGUUUGAGGACGACGUGCGUUUUAAGAGCAACUUCCGGGGGAGGCUGGAGCGGCUGAUGGACGAGGUGGAGGCAGAGAGACUUCCGUGGGACCUGAUCUACCUCGGCCGGAAGCAGGUGAACCCUGAGGAGGAGGUUGCCGUGGAGGGGGUGCCACACCUGGUGGUGGCUGGGUACUCCUACUGGACACUGGCAUAUGUCCUGAGUCUGGCGGGCGCCCACAAGCUGCUGGCCUCCCAGCCCCUGCGCCGGAUGCUGCCUGUGGAUGAGUUCCUGCCCAUCAUGUUUGACCAGCACCCCAACGAGCAGUACAAGGCACACUUCUGGCCCCGGGACCUGCGGGCCUUCUCUGCGCAGCCGCUGCUUGCUGCCCCUACUCACUACGCGGGGGAUGCGGAAUGGCUCAGCGACACGGAGACAUCCUCACCCUGGGACGACGACAGCGGCCGCCUCAUCAGCUGGAGAGGCUCUCACAAGACCCUGCGCGGCCCCCACCCGAACCUGGCUGGCAGCAGUGGGCACAGCCUCCAUCCCCACCACAGGGAUGAGCUCUAGGUCCAGGUGGUGAUUCCAGAAGAGUUCCCAGGAGCAGGCCACAGCUGUCCAGGGAGCGGAGUUGGAGAUUGCUGGCAGGAGCUGCCACUAGGAACCACAGACCCAGUAGAGACCUGGCCGCCACCUUAGGCAUGGUCACUCUGCCCUCUGGCCCCAUCUUACAUCAGGAGAAACCACUCAGAGAUGGGUCCCCUUCCCCAAGGUCAUGUAGCGAAAGGGCAGGGCUGGCAGCUCUUACCCUGCUGGGCCGACUCAGCCUGGGGUGGAGGGAAGGAAGGAGGCGCCACAGUCUUCUGUUUCAAGCUGGGCAGACACAGGAGCCCUGCCCUCCCUGAGGACCCAGCUGCUGGGACCCCUCCCCCCCUUCUACCUCCACCUUAGUCCCCCUGCCCCAAACUGGAUACCUGGGUUUCACCUGCCAGGGUUCACCGUCUUCCCUGGCCAAUGGGAAGUGCAGGGAGGUGGGAGGUGGACCCAGCAUACAGUAGGUCCUCAAUAAAAGCCGUUUGCACUUUAUAUUUUUUAA